AUGCUGUUUCCGACUGUUUUUGCUUGGCUGCUAUGCGCCAUCCAUGGCUCAUCUGCGUCCGGGAUAGACGACCUGAGACUCGCAGUGUCUACGUUGAACACGCGAUUAUCGAAAGGCGCCACUAUCACGUUUCCAUGGGAUGCUCGUUGGGACGACCUCCAAGUCCGCGGCUCGUCCCCACGCGUAUCUCCCGAUUACAAUGUGGUGGUCGAAGUAGCAACAGAGGCAGACGUGCAAACCACCGUGGCAUUGGCCAAUCGUUUCGAUAUUCCAUUCUUGGCCGUUACAGGGGGUCAUGGGUGGACCAAUACGCUCAACAGACUGCCGUUCGGUAUCCAGAUCAACAUGCGGAAGCUUAAUACUACGACACUGAGUCGGGAUGGCAAGACUGCUGUCGUCGGAGGCGGAUCACUGCAAUACGAGAUCACCCGCUCCCUGUUUGCCUCGGGCAAGUAUGCUGUCACAGGACUUGCAGAAUGUGUGUCAGUAGCCGGCCCACUGUUAGGUGGCGGCCACAGUCUACUCCAAGGUCAACACGGCUACUCUCUCGACGGUCUGGUCUCCGCACGCGUAGUACUUGCCAGUGGUAAAGUUAUGGAAGCCUCCCGGACAAAGAACGCCGACCUGUUUUGGGCCCUGCAGGGAGCAGGUCAUAACUUUGGCAUUGUCACAGCCCUUCAAGUGAAGACCUACGACAUCCCUUCCAACUGGACCGUCUAUUCACUCGUCUUCACUACAGACAAAAUCGAGGCGCUUUUCAGCUUGAUCAACGAAUUUGAAGAGCCGACUAUAGAACGCCCGACAAAGCUGGCGCUCACAGGAGUGUUCGCGAGGAUACCUGCCGUCGAUCCUGUCAAUCCUGUCGUAGCAUACACUAUCGCAUACGAGGGUACGGAAGCGGAAGCUGAACCUUACGCCGCGCGUUUUAUAGCGAUCGGUCCUGUAUCUACUACACUUUCGACAGACGUCAACUACGUAGAGCUAUACACGGUCACCGGCAACAACCUCGGAAGUCAAACUUGCUGGCGCAAUGAGAACAUCGCAGGAGCCGGAGUUUCUCUACCCGCCUGGGAUCUUCAGGGUGUCCGAGAAGCAUUCACGAUAUUUGGGAACCUCACGGCCGAUCCUCGCUUCAAUACAUCCGUCACCCUACUGGAAAACUACGGCAUGCAAGGCGUACGGGCUAUUGAUACAGCUUCCACUGCAUUGGCGCCCGAAGAACGCGAGUAUCCUGUUCUUGCUUCGCCGGUUUUGUGGUGGGCCGGCGACGAUGCGCAGACGACCAAGGAUGCAUAUGCAUACCAAGUUGCGAUACGCGAUGCGCUAUACAUGGGCGUAGACAAGAGCAACAGGAAGCGACACUGCUAUGUUAAUUACGCUAACGGAGAAGAGAAUAGGCCUGAGAUGUAUGGGUACGAUGCUAGGCUCGCUAAGUUGGUCAAGUUGAAGGGUGAGUGGGAUCCGAAGAACAGGUUUGGAUACUACAACCCAAUAGUGUAG